CUUGCCCAUUGACACACAUGUAAGCGCGUGUGUGUUCCUACAGUAUUGUUACUUGUGUCUUCACCAGACACGCGCACGCAGGCGUCCAAACACGAGGCAGGAGAAUAAAGGAUAUGGUGUCAAAGGUUAGUGGUGGCAUUUUAGAAGGUGUUUGUUGUGUGAAUCCCUCUGGAAGGACAGCUAAUGAUACAGAGGCUGUCGAGUAUUGAUGGACACACACACACACAUUUUAUCUAGCAGUAAUUAUCUCAAUAAAAAUACAUCGCAACUCGUUAUCUCGCCAACCCCGCCUCUCGCCACACUUUGUGGAACAACGGGUUUUCCCCGAUGUACCCCUAGUUAAUGCUUACAUACUGGCCACCUCCCCACCCUGCCUCUGGCUACAUUUUGUGGCGAAUGUGAUCUCCCAAAAGCCACCCCUAGUUAUAGAUCACAGCCUCAGUAUGUUGUCACACCUGCCUCUCACCCAACAUUUGUAUUGAACGGGUGGUGGAAACAUAACCGGUCAACACCGUACAACGAAAUGUACUUUACAGAUAUUUAACGACAGAAAAAUGGGGUGGACCGGUUUUUUAAUUACAAUUUUAUUUACGAUGUUAGUGUGAGAAAUAUUAUUUAUUAUUAUUAUUUUUAAUACUUCGAUACAAACUACACUCAACAUGUCCGCAAGCAGAGGAUACGGAAGCCGCUGUAAAUUCUUCUGUGAACUCAUUGUGAUCUUCCAUCAUUGACUUUUGUCUGUCACACUCUCCUCCUUCUCCCCCUCCCUUCUUUCUCUUUCUCUCGCGUGCACGUGCGCACACAGGCCCGUGCAGGAGUAAGCUGGGGUCAGAAGAUGUGCAGGAUAGAGAGACGUGGGCAGGGGACGCAGACCUCACUCGGCCUCCCAGCCUGGCGUGCAGCCAGCGUGCUGAGGGCUCGUCUCAAUAAUUCACGUCGCCAGUUCCAUGGAGGGACCUCCCCAUCAUCCUCCGCGCCGAGCCGGCGUCAAGGCAACUGAGUCGCUCUGCUGGCUGCGUGGAGUGAGUGCCGUGGGACGCUGCCUCUCCGGUUCAUUCCGUGCUCGGCCGCAGUCCGCCAUGUGACGUGCGCUACCUGACAGGUGUGAACACUACGUGAUCUUUACGUCGCCACGCCGUGAUAAGACAUCCUUCAAAGACAGACGGGAUCUUCUGGGCGUGUUGCGGUCUGGCAUCGACAUUGUCCCGUCUUAGUCGCCGGUGUCUGUAUCUCAUCUCGCUGGUCCCCGGUGUAAGUCUGCACCAUGAGCGCGAAUCAUUUCUUUCACGUGCAUUCUUUUUAACCCUUAGUCAAUAGUCAAAACUUUCUAACCUCACUCAUCUCCAAGACAUCAUCACCAUCUUCGUCAUCUCAGCACCAGCAACGACAGGGUAGCCAGCACGUAGCAGCCUCUGUUCACCAAGGUCGGAGGAAACUCUCAUCCGAGCUCGGCCACAACUUCCGGUCAGCCAUGGGCAGCAGGGGAAGUGGAGCCUGCUGCAAGCAGUUCGCCAAGUUCCUCUUCUCGCACGUGGGUCUGUGCGGCAUGGUGGUGCUGUACUGUGUGGUGGGCGGCUUCAUCUUCGAGCACCUGGAGAAGAAGAACGAGGAGGAGAUCUGCUACGAGUCGCGGUCCGAGUACCAGCCCAUGGAGACCAAGACCGUCAACUCCACCCUCAAGAUCUUCUUCGAGAACGGCGGCAUCGUGUCGGACGCCAACCGCGAGACCAUGGAGGUGCAGCUGCGCAGCGUGCUGGAAACCUUCCGCAACAACACGUUGGCCAUCGGCUACGACGGACGCGACUGCGACCGCUACGGCCUGGAGGGUGGACCCAAGUACGAGUGGACCUGGGCCGGCGCCCUCAUGUUCUCCGUCACCGUGGUGACCACCAUAGGAUAUGGUCACAUCGCACCCAAGACCAUCUGGGGCCGCCUGGUGUGCAUCGCCUACGCAGUGCUGGGGAUCCCCCUCAUGCUGCUGUGUCUGGCCAACAUUGGUGAUGUCCUCGCCGACAUCUUUCGCUUCAUCUACGCCAAGAUCUGCUGCUGCGCCUGCUGCCGCAAGCGCAAGUCCCGGGAGAGACGCCUGCAGGCGCUGAAGCAACAGCAGGACCAGAACCAGCAAGGACAGAUCAUCACCAAGAACAGCGACAACUUGGGCGACGGCGAAGGGAUAAAGGCUGACAAAUCCACCAUCAUCACCAACAACGUGCCGCCCACCAACACGGAGUUCUCCCGCCUCCAGAGCAAGUCCCCCUCCGAGUCGCUGGAGAGCGACAAGCAGUCGCGGCCGUCGUCUGCCUCCUCCACCACCAAGCUGCGACCCGUGACCCCGCCCACCCGCUCCAUCAAGAUCGUGCCGCUGGACGUCAAGACGCUGAGUCACAACCGCCCGACCAAGGCUGAACCCCCAGUCAUCGUAGACGACGACAGCAGCGACGAAGAUGACGACGACUACGAAUUGGACGAGAAGAAGAUCACCGUGCCCCUGACCAUCACCAUGAUCGUCAUCGGCAGCUACAUCUUUGCCGGCGCCGUGCUGUUCGGCCUGUGGGAGGGAUGGGACUGGCUGCAGUCGGCUUAUUUCUGCUUCAUCACCCUGGCAACCAUCGGCUUCGGUGACGUUGUGCCUGGUACAGAUUUCGAGAACCCCACGGCGCAGGCGCAGCUGCUGCUGGGCUCCGUCUACGUGCUGUUCGGCAUGGCCAUCCUGUCCAUGUGCUUCUCUCUCAUGCAGGAGGAGAUCGUCAGCAAGUGCCGCUGGAUCGGGCAGAAGCUGGGCAUUCUGGACAGGACGGACGACUAGACUCUGUCAUUCCUAUCGGCAGAAACAUUCAGCAGACGCUGAGCAUUGUGGUCAUGGCGGACAACUGGACUUUGCUAGACCUUCUGGUUAGUAACACUUCAGACGCCCGAGAUACACCGUCCAAAGAUGUUUCUCAGUUCAGUCUCAAUAGCGCAUCGUUUGAAGUCAGUUUUUGUGAAAGGAAAGAGAUAUAGAGAAAAAAAGCAAACUCUUACGUAUAUGAACAUUGACGACUACAGAGGUGGAGUGAGAGAAGGUCAGUGAGAUGUAUCCCGACGAGCUCCACCAGGACGAUGCGCACGUGUUUGCUGCUGAGAGAACAUGUGUUGACGUCACAAACGGUCGUCGACUUCUAUAACAGAUAUACUUGAUCUUUUAAAUUUUUUUUCUCCAGUUUUCGCUCCCUUUCUUUCAGAACGUUCUACAUGCACCUUUAACUAAACUUCAUUUUUAUUCCUUAAAUGAUAAUUGUUUGUAAUAUUAUGUAUAGACACGAUAUGCACUGGAAAUCGUCUGUAGAACUAGACAUUGUCUACAUUUUGUCAUUCUCGUCGACUUUUUCAUCCUCAUCAUCAUUGCCUCGGAAACGCAGGUGCAGACUGGGGAAGAUAACCCUGCUAUACCCAGCUUGUAACAGUUCCUGUGGCGGCGCUAGUGUUCUGGUGAUUCACCAUGAAAAUGCUGCGACCACCAUGGGUCUGACUCCUAUUAUCUAUGGAACGACUUUGAUGGGUCCUAUGGUCUAGAGCAGCAGAAGCAGUGGACUGUAAGUGGCUCAUCGUGUCGAAGACACGGUAGUUGGAGGGCCAACACUCUCUUUUGUCGUCUGUCACCUUUCCUGAUGACUCAGAUGCACAUCUGCUGGGUGAGAUGAUAGAGUUGUUCAGGUCCCAAGUUAAACCUACUGUGUAGAAGUCUCGUCACUUCCCAAACAAAAGGAAGGAAUAAGUAUUCUGUACAUUAUGAAUCAUAUCCCUUGCAAACAGUAUCUCAUGUUUAACCCAAAGUCUGCAAAUAUUUUUCCACAGCUGAAUAUGUAUUGUGAGUUAUUGGUUAUAACCACCUUGUCCAAAAUCCCCAUAACUGACCUGGCAUUUAUCUGGCUAAAGGUUUGUUUUAUUAACCGUCCACAGCUGGCACUGGGGCAAGUGUGUUGUGACGAGCACAAGUUGAGGGAAUUCCACAGUCCCACAGUCCCAUUCCAGUGCCCAAAACUGUUUGGUCCUUGGUCCGUCCUGCCCAAGCCAAUUGUGAUUGUUACAACUAGUUUGUCCAAGCCGCGGCUGCCUUUCAGGGCCUUCUUAACCGACCACACAUUGUCGAAUAUGUGACUUUGCUUUCCAAUUGUUUUAAAUGGAAGUGUUUACAACUUAGUCAAACACAGUCACACGUUCGACAGUAGGUGUCCACUUAGAACAGCCCUUUUUUUACCCCUGAAAUCCCCACAGGCUGAAAGAUGCUCAAAGGGGCUGCCUUAUUUUGUCCACAGUGUGUAUUUUACAAUAUUCUAUCCUUUGCUGACUACGUUUCCGUCCAUGUUUCCAUUUAGUACAAGUACUGAGAUGUUGCUGUACUGACAAAUACAUGGAUGCAGGUAGCCACUGUUAUAUGAAGGCAACAUGUGGUAUAAUGAUUAUAAUGUAUAUGAUUUGGUCGUGGUGGUAUUGCAUGGUACAUUGGUGUAGUCCACAUCAUGUUUGUCAAGUUGUUAAUAUUAAAUCUUUUACCUAGGUGACCUAAGCCUGGUAGCAAAAUGAAUGACAUGCACUAUGAGAAACACGCCAUAACCCCUGGAAUUGUUAUUUGGCUCGGAUGUAGUUGUUACCUUCGUGGUUAUUCCCAUAGCUACGACGGCACCCGUGCCUUUACCCAAGGAACGGGAAGAGGUUUUUUCGUUUUUGGUCGUUGCCAGUCUCUCAUUCUCCUCUCUCCUAAUUGUCUUGAGCACUGACAUUCAACAUCUCUACGUCGCUCGGAUGUAUUCCGAUGAAAGAAAGUGCACUAACCAACAAACUAAACUAAAACAAAACCCAGCAAUAAAAGCCUUUUCUACAUUCACCAUAAGCCAGUAAGGGUCACCCAAGUGUGAAAGCAUUGACUCGAGACGGGGGAACUGGUUACCAAGAAACCGCUUCUACAAAAAGAAAAAUCCCAUGACAUACAGCACUAACCUUGUUCUUUCAGAUAUACAGCAGACAUAAUCCGUUUUAUUACUGUAACACACAUCCUGCAAGGUGCAGGAGACACAAUAAGAUUUACUCACCUUACUUUGAUUAAACCACAAAACCUUUCCCAAAUAAUUGUUAGUGUGCAGACACAAAAACAACUGUCCCAUCACGCACGUUGACUGGUGCUUCAAACUGUGAUUCCACUGGCCUGCAGAGAUGUCGUUGUCACUAUUCGUCUUCACUCUCUGGUUCCUGUGUGUGUUCCCCUUCUUAUCAUGAUUAAAUAAAUGUUUCUGAUAAAAUGGAGAUAUCAACAGAGUUAUUUGUAAAGACUACGUUUCGCGUAGCUUUUCAAGAAUAUCCACUUAUUGUUGUUGCUGAUUAUAAAACAUUGAGAUUAUUGAUAGGCUGAUCGUUGAUAUAUAUAUAUAUGUAUGUGUUACUAAUUCGCAUUUUUGUAUACUGUUACAGCUAAGAUUGUUAAUGUAUCAAUAUCUUGGUAACAUCUGGCUAACUUUAGUUUGCCGAGCUGAGGAAGCAAAGGUGCCGGGUGGUGGGAGAGAAUCUCAAUAGUAAUUAUUGUCCUCUUCUUCUGCACCUGAGUAUUUAUAUAUAUAUAUGUGUGUGUGAGAGAGAGAGAGAGAGUGUGAGUGAGAGAGAGAGAGAGAGAAACGGAGAUGGUGAUUGCUCUCAUGGCAUGGCAAUAUUUUAAAAAACCCGUGUUUCCUUUUUAUGAUAGGCCAUAAAACGCUUCGAUGAAUAUCUUUACUACAUAUGCAGUUUCCUUCCUUAACUGAAAUACAUGGUUGCCCAAAAGUCACGAAGAAUGUAGAAUUGUUUUAAAACAAUUUCUGUUGCAGAUCCUCAUAAUUUAAUGAAUAUAAAAGGUAAAGGCACCAAAUGAGUGAUCUUUCUGAAAUAGUCAUUAUCCCCAUACUAAGAGCAUUUCGUCAUUACUUUGAAAAGAAAAGUCUUCGAAAUAGACGAAUAAUCGUGUUUUUGAAGGUCUACACUAUACAGCAAGACGAUUCAACAACCGAUCGGCUUUCUUUGACCUCUCUAACCACAUGAAGUUCUUACAGCUCAUGGACAAGAAAGAACAGUCAUCAUCACCCAAACACCGACCGUGUGAGAAGUUCAAAAUGCAGCAUUAUUCUCCGUACUAACAGGGAUAGCAUUUUAUUUCACUAUGUGAAGAAAUAAAAGUAAUUGAUAAUCAAAAACAUUAUUGCAUUUUCAAACCAUUCCGUGACUUUUGGGACAUAACAUUCUCGCUACACAAUCAACUGCUAUUUACAUGAUUUAUGAAUCAUUCUUAUUGCUUUAUAUUAAUUUUAGUGAUUUUGGUCAACACAUAAGUCCUACAUGAUUACAAGUUUACGUGAUUAUAUUUGCUUCAAUGUAUGUAAAACAAACACAACCACUGACAACUACUUUUCAUACGAAGGUUCUAGGUUUCUCGUACUGUUUUGGAUUGUGAUAUCUUUGUAAGUUUAAUUGGCGUGUUAAUAUCUUUAAACGCACAUUUAAGCAGUUUAAGACGUAGACAAAUUGGAGUAAACUUAGUUUGAAUGCACUUAAUCUUUCUUUCACUUUAUUAAUUCCGUCCUUCUGGCACCACCCAUCCGCAUGGUUUGCAAUCGCACGUCCAUGCCCAAACCUUGCCUGCCCCAGGAUAAUUACUGCACUUUCAUUAAAAAGGGCCUAUAUGCUCCUCGAGGAGUAACAAGGAAUAGACUAAACUUUCUUUAAAAGCAAUUGUUAACCAAUUUUCAAGAAAACUACUGCAGUAUACUUACUUUUUUUUUAAAAUUGCGACCUUCCUUUUUUAGGUACGCGUUGCCUCAGAUCUAUCACGGCUCGAGAUGUUAAACAGCCAAUCAGUGUGGGUUUUACAACUUGUACAGCAUCAUCCAACAGCGAAACUCGUUGAAUUCAACAGUUUUCUAAGCAAAAUGGCGUCCAUACCACGUAGAUGCGUCGUCUCACGAACGAAAAACUAGAUUUGAUUCCUCACAUCUUGGAAACGCACUGCUGGUGGACCGUGUAGAAGCUACGUAUCCUCAACCUCUCGUCACAAACAAUAAAAAAAUACGAAAACCCCUUUUCAAUUAUUUUUUAAAUCCUUUUUUUAUAGUCGCACUACCAAAAAUCUUGCAUUUUAAGCAUUAUUCUUUUUGUAUGACUCACAUCUUUUUGUAUAUUCAAGCUUUUAGUAAUGUCAGUUUUGUUUCUCCUGUAGGUGUCGGUGUUGUGCCUACACAGGUUAAGAAAAAACUUUCUGGAAAUAUAUUUUCUUCUGUAUGAAAUGAAUGAAAUUCAAUCUCAUAAGAAUGCACAGAAUACAAAUUGUUUACACACGU